AGCUUAAUAUGGCAGCUGUCAUGAAGAUAUUUCAUUCUUCUGCUCCCCAUUACAGCCUAAUAGGGGCUGGAUUGAAUGUGAAUACAGCUGAUCUGAUAGACAUGCAAGGCACAGCAAAUAUCAAACUUCAUUUGGUAUUCCAGAGGUGGUUUGAUGCUGAUAGAGAUGUCAAUUGGGAUGCAUUAAUAAAACUAUGUGAUAACUUUCCUGAUCAACUGGGCAAAGCAAAAUCUAACCUUCUGGAAUAUAUAGUAGGUUUGGCAGAGAGCCAUGGGACUGGAACAAAACAAGAAAGUGAGGAGAUUGAUUCAAAAGAACCAGUUGAUAGUGCAGCAGCUGGUGAGGACAAGACUAUCAGUGAUGACCAAAAGUCAGACCCACCUCCAGAUGUCAGUAAAUAUUGCCCAAAACUGGAAGACAUUGAACAAAAAAUUAAGAAGAAAAAAUUCAAAGAUCUGACUGUAGAAGAGAAAGAGUUUAUAUCAAAAGUCCGUUACAUUCUGGUGACUGCCACACCUAUAGAAUACCGUGCAGUGAUGGGUUCAAUUGAUCCUCCUGGCAGUGAUGGGAAUUAUAUUAGAGUUGUCACAACAGAUAAAGUGGCAAAUUUUAUCCUGGGGAAAUAUGAGUCAUGCAAUGUUGCAAUAACUAUGACAGGCCAGGGCCCUGAUAAAACCGAAAGAGUUCUUGUUUCAGUACAAAAUGACGCAAAAGCUAAGUAUGUCAUUGCUAUUGGGAUGUGCUAUGGAACAAAGGAGAGCAAAGAAAAGGAACUUGAUGAUAAAACAAACUUAGGUGACAUUAUUGUUGCCAAAAGUAUUGUUGACACUGCACAUCAGUGUAUUGAAGGAAAGGACACAAUCGUUUUAACUAACACGUACCCAUGUGGAAAGAAACUUUUUAAUUUGUUCAAACACCACGAAGUCUUUGAAUUUCAAGGUAAAACAGUUAAAGUUCAUCAUCAAGGUUCUCUGGCCUCUGAAUUCACACUGUUUCGUAGCAAAGAAGCAAAGGAAGAGAAACUAAAAUAUGUCCAAGGAGCACUUGGAGGAGAAAUGGAAGCAAAAGGUAUUUAUAAGGCUGCAGAAAGAGUAGGAGGAUUUGAAUGGAUUGUAAUAAAAGCUAUUGUUGACUGGGGAACAGGAGAAAAAGACAAUACGUGGCAACCGUUUGGAGCUGUCUCAUGUGCAAGGUUUGUACUACAGUGCUUGAAUGAUCAACAAGGUAAGCUAAUUAUGGUAAGGAUGAUGAACUAUGUAUAAGUAGUUAACUAUGUGUAUAAGCUUUGCAAACUAAGCUACUUUGAUAUUAAUUUUUGUUAGAACUAUCAUGCAUGCACGUAGCUUGGCACGUACAGAAUAAAAAAAUUAUUAAGAUUUUUUAAUGGAUACAUUUUUGCUUUAGUCUGCUAUUUAUUUUUGUAGAAGACAAAAUCGUUCAUGUUGAAGAUCUAAAAAAAUCAGGUACUCUAGAGAAAUGGUGUAAAGAAGGUAUUAUGAAGCUGACACUUACU